AUGUGCCCUCCGCCACUUCCCGACGCCUUGCACCAGCCAGACCAUGCGUUGAUCAAAGCACACGCAGUGUUGCGCGAAGGCCGUUACGGAGAUGCGGCGACAUUCUUGGAAGAGGUCGUCUCAUCGUGGGCAAGAGUUCUCGGUGAGAAUCACCUCGAUACGCUGGCGAACAAACACCUCUUAGGCCUCGUCUACUACACCCUCGGGCGUCAUGCCCAAGCGGUGACCUUGUUCGAAGACGUCGCUGUUUCGCGGAAGAGAGUGCUAGGCGACGAACAUCUCGAUACCCUCGAGAGUUGUCAUCUGCUUUCUGUUAUCUACUUCGAGCUUUCGCGCUAUAGUGAGCUUGCCAAAGCAUUGGAGAAGGUGGUGGUGGCGCGGCGGGAAGCGCUGGGUAGCGAGCAUGUUUAUACUCUGGCGAGUAGACAUCUCCUUGCACAGACGUAUUGCGAGCUUGGAGAGCAUACCAAGUCCACUAUCUUAUCGGCGGCGGUCCUCGCAUCGAGGAAAAGGGUGCUCGGGAACGAUCAUGUCGAUACGCUGAAGAGCAAGGAUCUACUUGCUCUGACGUAUCUGAAGACCGGGAAGGCCUAUCCAUGGGCAGCAGUUUUGCUCGAAGAGGUUGCGAGUUCGCAGUCCCGGGCUCUGGGAGAGGGACACGUUGACAAGUUGACCAGCGAGCAUCGUCUCGCUGAAGCCUAUCACCACACGGGGGAGAAUGCCGAAGCAGCCGCGCUGCUUAAAGGCGUUGCAGAGAAGAGAGAAAGGUUUCUGGGCUCACGCCAUAGCGACACGCUAGAGAGCCAGCAUCUCCUGGCCACCAUCUAUCUCGCGCUCAAACAAUAUGUUGACGCAAGCACAAUAUUGGAACGAGUCGUUCAAGCGAGGGGAGAGCUUCUCGGGAUCAACAAUGUCGAUACGUUGUCGAGCAUGCGCAGUUUGGCGCAUGCGUACCACUAA